AAGAGUAAAGCUUUAGUCUCUCAACUCUCGAGUUUCAAUCUGAUAGACCCGUCACUUGCCGCACUCGCAGAGUCACGCUCUAUAUAAUUCAAACUCUCCAUGGGCGACCGCGACCGCCCUCGCGACCGCGACUACGGUGACCGCGGCCGCGGCCGCGGCCGCGACCGAGACAGAGAUAGAGAUAGAGAACGCCGGCGAGAUAAAGAAGACCGUGACCGUGAACGCGACCGUGAGCGAGACAGAGACAGAGACAAGGAUAGAGAGAGAAUCCGAAGCAAGCGGUCGCGUUCACGAACUCCCGAUCGGACGCGCUCACGCCACAAGCGAUCCCCCGACCGGUCUCACCGCCACCGCACGCCCUCUCCGGAACCGCUGCGGAAGCGGCACCGGGACGAUAAGGACCAGCAGAAGGUGGUGUCGGACUUCGUGGACGAAAUUGCGAAAGCGCAGCAGCUAAAGAAAGACGAUGAAAAUAAUAACAAUGGUAAUAAUGGCGGUGAUGGGAUGAAUGAUGUUGAUGAAGAUGAGAUGGAGAUGAUGAAGAAGUUAGGGAUUCCAGUCGGGUUCGAUUCGACUAAAGGGAAGCCGGUGCGGGGGGCGGAUGUGAGUGGAGUUAGGGCUGUGACGAAGCGCCAGCCGAGGCAGUAUAUGAAUAGAAGAGGCGGGUUUAAUCGGCCAUUGCCGAUGGAGCGGAAUCGAUAGAAGGGUCAUUACUCAAAGGAGGUGAUCCAGUGUUUUCUCGCAAAAGUUGUACAAGGUGGGGACAUGGAUUCUUAAAAUCUAGCAGAAAAAAUGAGCCUUAUGCAAUUUUUAUUGGGUAUUCUUAUUG